UGCUACGCUGUUUUGUGUGGACGUUCUCCAGGGUGAUGAAGAAGAUGUAGUUAUUCGGCCUGAAAAUACAAAACGUUUGAAAUCAAUAAAUAAAAACGUCAAUUGUGUGAAACGGGACAACAUUCAACAUGGCCGGUAUAAGGAGAGUUAACGGGAAAUUAUCGGGAAUUAACCCGGCUGUCAGUUGCAGUCGCCUGCGUCAGGUUCAGUCUCUGCUCGGUGACGGAGGCCCCGCUGCUCCCGAAGGCGUCCUCUGCUCCCUGGGGAUUGACAGCAGAUAUAAUGACGGGUGCACUGAGCUGGCCAAGUACCUGUUCUAUGGGCUCUAUGGGAGAAACCAGCUGAACAUUGAACAUGUCCUCGAGGAGUUUCCUGAUGAAAUGCUGGAUGAUGUAAUCCUGCUGAUCAAGCCACAAUGUGUUCAUCUGUACUGCAACCCGAUGAACUACAGUUACCUGCUGCCCUACGUGUCCCACUGGAGGAACCUGCAUCUCUACUGCAUGGCGGAGGCGGAGUACGAAGACGAGGAAGCAGCUGAAGAAUUCAAGAUCUCCAGUUUCGUCACAAUGGUGCAGGACUGCUAUCGCAUUGGAGUACCUUACAGCUCCCAAGGACACGUCCAGCGGUUCGACAUGUUCAUGGUGGAAAAGUGGCCCCUGAUUCAAGCAUUUGCCCUGGAAGGCAUCGGUGGAGGCAGCUUUUUUACCAUGAAGUACAAGCUGAUGGACAUGAGUGAGAAGCUGUGGCAAGUUUACAACAGACUGGACCCAGUGUCCCUGGAGAAUCUGCUCACUGAGGACUUGGUGAACUUUGAGAAGCAGUGGAGUGGCUUUUUCUCCAGCAUGGACCUGGAGAACCACCUGUCCAUCCUGGAGCUAUCCGAAGCACAGGCAGGAGAGACAUUCCGUUCGUAUUACUCUCACGGACUGAUCUCAAGCAACAUCACCGAUAAAAGUAAAAGUCAGCAGCCCUUUGUGCUGUUUGGAAAGCAUUCCUCCUCAGAGGAUUUGGAGGCGUAUUCGUUCAACUUUCCCUCAGAGAGUCACCAGGUCCGGAACACAGGACUUGAGGCUUCUGCAGCCAGACACAUGAUUCUGCAGUGUGUGGCUCCCAAAGGACCUCUGGCCUGCUCUCGGACCUAUUUCUUUGGGACCACCCACUCUCCAUACCUCGGAAACCCAAAAUCAGCGCAGAAGAACACCGAAGUAUUACUUCUGUCACAGGUGUAUUCGGCUGCUGUUGAAGCCGUCCUGUCAGGAAUCAAAUGCUACUCGUUCACCUCGAGUGCCACCAAGGCCAAGGAUGUAGCAGAGAACACCUUUCUAGUGCUGCUGGACUCGAUGAAUUUAAGUCAGUACAGCAGUUCUCUCAGGUCCAAAUGUGAAUUUGGCAUACAAGCAGUGAAUAUGCAAGGAAGGAUCAUUCCUCUGACUGACAGAGACAGCCGUUACGUAGUAAAAACAGCCUCAAUGACUGUGCGUGACAUCCCAGACCUGCAGGGGGGGCGGGGCGACCUGGGCUCGGUGGUCUUCUCUGAAUCCUUCUUGGAGUCCGGCAUCAACAUCCAACAGAAAGAUGGCACUGUGUCCUCAGACAGCUGCUACACCAUCCUGACUGCGACUGUGCCGCGGUACGCCUGCUGGCUGAUGGAAUCUGACUUCAAGCUGUCUGAGCAAGCCCAACGUCUUGCUAAGAACGAGGAAGGCACGUGUGUGGGAGGAGCUCUGACUGCAGCUGAGGCUGCGUACGUGAUCUCCAGCAGCCAGCUCUCCGCUCCAGAAGAAGGGAAGAUUGUUUUCCUGUCUGAGGGCCUCCUGUUUAUCCAUCCUCAACAUGGAAGCAUCACACUGUCCAAAGAUCACAUCAGCUCCAUCAAGUUCUAUGACCCGGCUUGCGGCGCCGUGGCAUCCCUCCUGGUGGAGUAUGACAGCGGCCUUCUCCCCCACCUCCCGUUCGCCCUCCACAGCGCUGACCGCUGUCUGCUGUUCGCCCUGCAGCCCAGAUCCAAGAGCCACAGGUCCUUCUACUCCAAGGUUUUGUCAGUGUGGAAAAAAUCCGAUUCUGGACUUAAUCUGCAAAUGGUGGAGCAAAAGCACCUGAGCUGGAACCAGAAGAACAUGCACACUCGGCUGCAGAAGCUGCACGACAGUCAGGAGCCGCCAGUGGCCAAACGCCGGGGCAGCCUGAAGGCUUCCUACUGCCAGCUGCCGGAGCAGGACAUGUUCCUUCAGCACUUUGCCCUGAGUAGUAUCGGUCAGGAGCCCAUUCUGUACGACCACCUCGGGGUUCUGUUCACCUCUGCAGAGCUGAGGGAACCAGUGAGCCUUCACGGAGACAAGGUCAUCGUCACCAUCAUCACCGGAUUACCGGGAAGCCAUAAGAAAAGCCUCUGCGACUUCCUGGUCCAGUUGAACAAGGAACAUGGAAGGUGGCUGGUGUACCGGCCGGGUUCUGACCGCUGCGGCGGCUUCUCCGCCUCGGACCUGCAGCAGUACAUGUCCGGCCUGCUGGAGAGCCAGAGAGGCCUCAGAGACAAACCCCGACUGCUGGUGCUCUGUCCUGGAUACACGGACGUUGUGGACGUGGUCCAGGCUGUGCUUUUCCACCCGGACCCGGUUGUCCAAGCGCGUUUCACCGUCGGCGCCGUCACAGCUUGUGUGGACCCCCUGGCCUCCUGCGUGGAGCACAGGUUUGCUUUCCCUAAACUUUUGGAGCAGUGCAGCCAAGGUGUCGUGAGCGUGGUGGUGUUCACGGGGGGCACAGCGGAGCAGAAGCACCCUCUCGUGCAGCACGUCCAGCAGCUGGUGCGCUCCGCCAACCCCACCGCCGCCUUCAUACUGGCCGAGAGAGGAGCUGUCACCAGGAACGAGGACGUGAACCUGAUCUUUUCUGAGAGCAGCUUCAGUGAGCCACAGAUGCUGAGAGCGCGUUACGUCCUCUACCCCGGAUGGUGCAGAGGGCGCUUCUCCUGCGGCUGCGGGUGUCUGGUCGUCUCCCAGCAGCGCGUGGCUUUCAGCCGGCCCCUGGAGAGGCUCCUGUUCGUCCCCGCCUGUAAAGCACUCAAGUCAUCCCUCAGGCCGACCCCCUACCGAGGAAAUGUGUACAAUGUUUGGGGAAAACUCCGAUUCUCUGACUCGGAGCAGCUGAUGGAGGUGAGCUACAACACGCUGAGCGGGAGCCUCGGCGUGGUCCCGGCCCGCGGCGCCGACCCCCUGACCCCGGGCGCGUCCUGCUUCCUGGUCUUUGAUGGCGUGGGCCUCACAGAGGACGGCCUGAAGGACUGGCUCAGGCUGUGCGCCAAGCAGAAGCAGAAAAAGAAACCGAAGAAGACUAAAAACUCCCUUUCACCACAAGAAAUCAAGAGCAUCCAUACGGCCAGACACCUGGACCCGCUACCACAGGGCUACUUCUACAACGGUCACCAGUAUGUGGACAUCUUUGGAGAAAAACUGAGCUUCCAUCCCUACAUGGAGGACUUCAUCAAGGAGUACCUUGCCGAAGCCAACAAAGAGGUCGAGCUGUUCAACCGCCAGUUGGAUCUGCAGGGACAGCCGGACCUGUUUGACCCGCGAUAGAAUCUGCCUGCGUGUCCACUGCUUCCAUCUGUCUUAUUUAGCUCGUGAGGGGACCACUGUGGGAGGGGCAGGGAGGGCACGGGGCUUAUGAUCACUCUGGAAUGGCCUAAGCCCAUUCAUUAUCUACGUAUUAUGUCACGUUGUACCCUAAUUUGGUAGCAUUAUGAGCUACUAUGAGAUGAUCUAUUAUGAGAUGAGCUUUCACACUAUGACAUCACCCAUAAAGAAAUCACCGGUUAGCACCUCGGAGAGUUUAAUAUUGAUAUUUAAUAAACGACGUGGUCGCCUCCGCUGAUCGAAUCGGGACGCAAAGUGCGGAUAAACUCCGACACACAACGCAGCACAAGCCUCCGUCCUCAAAGCGCUGCGAUGGCGGCGCUGCGAUGGCGGCGCUGCGAUGGCGGCGCUGCGAUGGCGGCGCUGCGAUGGCGGCGCUGCGAUGGCGGCGCUGCGAUGGCGGCGCUGCAGGGGGGGGCUGCGAUGGCGGCGCACCGCGAGAACGCCACAAUCAAAGGGAAUUUCCAUCCGCGCGCUCGCGUUUCUGUUUAUCGCAGAUGGCAAAUUAAUGCCUCUAUUUCAGGACGAGCACGGACAGCCGUGUGAUCGUGGCGGGCUCCCCGCUGGGGUUUCUCAAGAGCCCCCCCCCCCCUCUUCUGUCACCCAAUCCACGGCCCACCUGCUAUCUCGUCUUGGCUGAGCAGCUGUAAACAUUGGACAGACGACUGACGGGCGAUGCCGGUAAUCAUACAGCUAACCCCCCCCCGCCCCCCUGCUGCUUUAUUUUAAGGCUCCCCAAGUGGAUCCAAUCAAAGUUGCAAUAAAGCAAAAGGCGCUGUUGUGUCGAGGGAGUGGAGAACACGUUGGGUCCCCGAGGCAGUGACACGUGAAGCUGAUCAUUCAUCAUUCUGCUCAUUUGUCGUUGACGUUUAGAAGUUUGAUUAUUUGAAUCUUUCGGGUAGGACAACGGGGAAUGAAGAUAAUCUGGGCAUGUUCUGGUAAACAUGAGUCAAGCCUUUAGUGCUUUUUUUAAGGCGUUGUGAUGUUGUGGAGGAUCCGACUCCCUGUUGAAAGGCGUAUUUAUUCUGCAGGUCGCUGUGCGUUUGUGUCUCUCACUAAUGUCCUCUGCAUGUCUUCCUCUUACCAGGGUUCCUACACAGGUUUGGAAAUCAGCUUGAUAACUGCAGCUCAUUUCCGGGGAAAACCUGCCACGCCAGCUGCACAUUUUGGUCUACGAGACCCGCUCUGUGACGUCCACGCAGGCGUUUCAAAGUAAAAGCGUGGUAAAAAAGGGUGUAGGAACCCUGCUGCAUCUUCUAUGAGUGCCAUGGAGUAUGGGGUCAGCAGUGUAACCAACUAACGCGCUGUGAGUGCCACACUUUUUUCACAUUUUUCGUGCACGUGGUGCUGCAGCCACGACGGCUCGACAGAUCGCUUUGGCCUCUUUGCACUCUAAGAGAAACACGAGGAAGAGCUUCUGAUUCCUCAGCUCUGUCUCUCCGGUUCUUCUCCGGGAUAUUUUUAGAUCAGUGGGGGACCUGGGGUCGGCGUUUUCGCGUCUUUGUGUUUGACAUGUCUGCCUGUCAACAACCAGUCGGAAGAAUCAGUCACUUAGUUUUCAGAGUGAAAACGCCGUUAGCCAGUUUUCUCCAACUGAAGCGCACACUGCUGGCCCCAUCGGUCCGUCUUUAGAGUAUUACGCUGCGUAGGAUAGCACGUAGCGCUGAGCAAAGCCUACACCCUUACACUCCAAAAGAAGUGCAAUUGUACCUUGUCUUUUUCUAUAUAUAUAUAUAUUGUACUUGCAGUACCCUCCUGGAGCUCUUUGAGGACAAAGUCCGGCAUCCUGAGGACCAAAAAAGGUUUGUUCGUUGCAAAAUGAGAUUGCCGCGCUUACAAAGAACAACGUAAUGCAGCAGACGGAUUACAUUGGGGGUUUUUUUUCUUCAAAGUGGAGCACAUUAAUCCUGUGUUGACAAAAUGCUAGCCGUUGUUCUUAAGCCGGAUGCCCUGUGUAGCGCUCCAGGAAAGCUCUCCGGGGGUUACGCAACGCUGCGGGGAAUUCCUUUGAUUGACAGCCAGGCGGAGGGCUCCCCGUCUUCGCCAGGCCUGUCUGUCUUUGGCCCGGGAGUCCUUAAAGAGCCGAGGGUUGUGUAAGAUGUUUGUGGUAUUUAAAUGAAACACACACACACACACACACGACUACUGAGACACGGACGUCGACACUACUUUGCAUGUGAGGCGACGUCCUGUGGAUGUGACGCCGCGUGUAUUCUGACAAAGUGGCCUUUCACCAAAACUGGUACCAACAGAGAGAAAAUAAUCACAUUUAUUUUACAUAUCUGCUGAGAAAUUUGAAUUACCUCGGACACGACAAAUAGUAUUUUUGUAAAGACUGUGAAUUGAGAACUCCUAGAUGCAAGCGGAACAUCUCGUUUCGCAAAAGCAAAGCAGAUGCAAAAAAAAAAAAACCAAACCCAAGAGAAGCUGAAAGGCGGCGUCCCUCCUGUCCAGCGGUGCCUUGCUGCGGCUGAGGGAGGCCGAGAUUAAAAGCUCCUUCAGCAGUGUUGGUGAAAGGAACCCACGGAGUCCGAGGGCAGAGCGGGCGAGGCGGGGGCCGCCGGAGGGCUCGGCCCAUUCGGGUGGAGAAUCGUGCAAAGUGACCAAAAAAAAAAGUAUUUAUUCAUAUUGUGACAUAACGGUGUCUCAAAUACUGAUCCUCUUGUGAUGCCCGGCUCUUUUGGGACAAGAGAAAAAGAGUUUUGAGUUUGUUGACCCCCCCUACUACAUAUUGCACAUGUGGUGGGGGGCCCCGAAGAGCCCUCCACAAGCCUCGGAGUGUGAGCGCCCUGCAGCUCUGUGCCCUCAUCCCGUGUGUCGCUCGAGUUAUAGGACAAAAACAAAGUUUGGUGUUACUGGUUUUACACAAAGGGGCCGUUGCACUUGUUGAAUAAUUGGAUAUUUUAAAGGAAAUGGAGUUUUUAACCGUCCAAAACAUUCCAUCCCACAGAGGAAUGUGCUCAGGUGUUAUUCGCUCAAUCCAACCCGAGGGUGGGGGUCGACGGUAAUGAUUCAUGUCGUGAUGACAUCACAGGGAUCAUUUUUACAGGCCGUCCAACGUAAAAAGAAGUUAAAAAAAAAAACUAAAAAGUGCCAAACUUCCUCGUGUAGUUUGGAAGGAAACCACAGACGAGUUAAACUGAAUUGCGUUUGCACAAAAAAACGACUGUAACUUGUGUUUUUCUCCUGUGACGGAUGCUUUUAUAACAUAACUGUUGUUUUUAUUGCACCACGGCGGCCCAUUAAAUAUUUAUAUGGUU